GGGGGCUCUGUGGCAGCCGCUUCCGGUGGGCGCUGCUCGGUGGUGGCGGGAUGGUGGGGGAAGAGGAGGAGGCCGAGUUCCCCGAGCGCUUCCGCGCCUACUCGGAGAACGAGCGGCACUGGCAGGCCCGCCGCGAGUUCAUCCUGCGCAACCUGCCGGCGGGCGGAGCGCCGGAGCCCGCCAGCCGCAUCGACCAGCUGCUCUCGCUCUCCAUGGUGUGGGCCAACCACCUCUUCCUGGGCUGCAGUUACAGCAAAGACCUUUUAGACAAGGUAACUGAAAUGGCUGAGGGGAUUGAAGUUGAAGAUGCACCACAGUUUACUUCACGAGAUGAAAUAAUGAAAAAGCAUCAGCAUUAGAACAUGAAAGAAGAGCUCUCAGGGUUUUGUCAUGAUACAAGAUCAAUUUAUAUGGAGGACCCACGGUUAAUUUAACAUAAGAUUUCUAAUAUAAGGACUUUGUAUGCUGGACCCUAGGGACAGGAUUUUUUUCUAAGCUUGUUCCAUUAUGAUUAUGGAUAUCCACUUCCAAAACUUUUUUAAAAAAUCAGAUUUUUAAACAAUUUUACAACUCAGUGAUUGAUAGUACAAAGAAAAAUAUAUGAUGAAUGAUAUUGACCCCUUUCAUGUGAAGAUAGGAAAGAGUAAUAAUGCCUAGAAAAGGGGUGGAGAGGGAGCUGUAGCAUUCCCUCCUCUGUUUGGUCAUUAAAAAGAUUACAGAAUUGUAAUCAAUGAGUCCAAUGUAGGAUAAGAGAUCCUGGGGAAUACUUGCCUCAAAGCACACACCCAGUUAGGAAAGUGGGGGCUCACACUUCACUCUCCAUUGAAAGUAAGAGGCUGUUAUAAUGCUGUUUUUACCUAGGACUCAUUCUGUGUAACAGGGAAAAGGGAGGGCAUGGUACACGAAGUGGCCAUUACCCUGCUCUUCCCCUUCUCUUACAUGCUCCUUAUUGGUCUGUGGUGAUGUCCGACAGAGCUGAUUUCCCCCUUUGCAUGCCUGUGCCUUUCUCUUUUGCAGGAGAACCCUAGAGUCUAAAAAUAACACCGAAUAUUCUCUUAAGUCUUUAUUCUUUAAUAUUUUAUGCCAUAUUUUAAAAGCUUUUGGAACACCUAACACCUGGAUUCAUUCAGUCACUGGAAGAAGUGGGUCUUUGCCCACGAAAGCUUAUGCUCCAAUAAAUGUUAGUCUAUAAGGUGCCACAGGACUUCUUGUUGUUUAUGCAGAUUCAGACUAACAUGGCUACCCCUCUGACAUUGUCACUGGAAUGAAAAUUUCAGUCAUGGAAAUCUGGAUAAAUGUCUUGAUUUUUAUCAAUAAAAUAAUGUUCCUUUCAUGUAAAGUGAA